CUGUUUCGUUGCUAUUUAACAUUCGAAUUGUUGCAGGAGGAACCAACAGUCUUCUUCUUCUUCUUCUUCUGUUUUUCUCAUCUCUUUCUAUUACAGUCACAACCAGACUAUAGUCUAAAAAAAAGAAUAAGAUUUUACCAAAAAAAAAAAAAAAGAAGAAGAAAUAUCUAAGAAUCAAGAACAUAGAGAUUCAUCCAAGAUGGAUUACGAUCCAGGUCAAGCAAUGAGCAGAGGAGGUAGCAUGCGGAAAAGCAUAAGCCGUAGCGUAAGCAGAGCAAGCAGAAACCUCGAAGACAUAUUCUCACCGAGCGCAAGAAGAACCAAGUCAACCAACGAAGACGAAGAAGCUCUCAAAUGGGCAGCCAUCGAGAAACUCCCGACAUACAGCCGUCUCCGGACAAGCCUCAUGCCCGCGCUAGGAGAAGACGACAUCUACGGUAACCAAAUCCUCAACAAAGAAGUCGACGUCACCAAGCUCGACGGCGAAGAACGUGCCAAAUUCAUCGACAUGGUCUUCAAAGUCGCGGAACAGGACAACGAACGGAUCUUAACGAAGCUAAGGAACAGGAUCGAUAGAGUUGGGAUAACACUUCCGACAGUGGAAGUGAGGUACGAAAAUUUGAAUGUGAAAGCUGACUGUUACACGGGUGAUAGAUCUCUUCCUUCGCUUACUAACACGGUGAGGAACAUGGGGGAGUCUCUUCUUGGCUUGGUCGGGAUCAAUCUCGCCAAGAAAGCGCAGCUUACGAUUCUUAAAGAAGUUUCUGGGAUUGUUAAGCCUUCGAGGAUGACACUUUUGCUAGGCCCUCCUUCCUCGGGGAAGACAACGCUUUUGUUGGCUCUUGCUGGGAAACUCGACAAGUCUCUUGACAUCUCAGGGGAAGUAACUUACAAUGGUUACCGCCUCAACGAGUUUGUUCCCAUCAAAACAUCUGCUUACAUUAGCCAGAACGAUCUUCAUGUCGGUAUCAUGACCGUUAAGGAGACUCUUGACUUCUCUGCUCGGUGUCAAGGCGUUGGUACCCGUUACGAUCUAUUAAACGAGCUGGCGAGGAGAGAAAAGGACGCUGGUAUUUUUCCGGAAGCUGAUGUUGACUUGUUCAUGAAGGCAUCUGCUGCUCAAGGAGUCAAGAGUAGUCUCAUCACUGACUACACUCUCAAAAUUCUAGGGCUUGACAUAUGCAAGGACACUAUAGUAGGAGAUGACAUGAUGAGAGGUAUCUCAGGAGGUCAGAAGAAGCGUGUGACAACAGGGGAGAUGAUCGUCGGACCAACUAAGACGCUGUUCAUGGAUGAGAUAUCCACAGGGCUUGACAGCUCCACAACUUUUCAAAUCGUGAAAUGCUUGCAACAGAUCGUUCACCUCACUGAAGCCACUGUGGUCAUUUCCCUUCUGCAGCCUGCUCCUGAGACGUUUGAUUUAUUCGAUGAUAUAAUCUUAUUGUCCGAAGGACAGAUUGUGUACCAGGGACCUAGAGACCACAUUGUUGAGUUCUUUGAGAGCUUUGGCUUCAAGUGUCCUGAAAGAAAAGGAACUGCUGAUUUCUUACAAGAGGUUACCUCUAAGAAAGAUCAAGAGCAGUACUGGGUGGAUCAGACCAAACCAUACAGAUACAUUCCAGUGCCGGAAUUCGCCAGCAAAUUCAAGACGUUCCAUGUUGGUAACAAACUCUCCAACGAGCUAUCAGUACCGUUUGACAAAUCCAAAGGACACAAAGCAGCUCUAGUGUUUGACAAGUACUCAGUGAAGAAGUCUGAGCUUCUCAAAACCUGUUGGGACAAGGAGUGGAUGCUCAUGAAGCGAAACUCCUUCUUCUACGUCUUCAAAACAGUUUCAAUCAUCAUAAUCGCUGCGAUCUUGUCUAGUGUUUUCCUCAGAACAGAGAUGAACACAAGGAACGAGGCUGACGCGAACAUGUACAUGGGUGCACUUCUGUUCGGUUUGAUUAUGAACAUGUUCAACGGUCUUGCGGAGAUGGCUAUGACGAUACAGAGACUUCCCGUGUUCUACAAGCAAAGAGAUCUUUUGUUUCAUCCACCUUGGGCAUACACGCUUCCUACUUUCUUGCUAGGGAUCCCAAUCUCAAUCUUUGAGACAACUGCAUGGAUGGUUGUGACGUAUUACUCCAUAGGACUUGCACCAGAGGCAGAACGGUUCUUCAAACAGUUCCUCAUCAUAUUUCUAGUCCAACAAAUGGCUGCAGGGAUAUUCAGGUUUAUUGCAUCUAUCUGUAGAACCAUGACCAUAGCUAACACAGGUGGUAUGCUCGCUCUACUAGUCGUGUUCUUAACCGGAGGGUUCCUUCUUCCUCGCCGUGAGAUCCCGGUUUGGUGGAGGUGGGCUUUUUGGGCUUCUCCACUUUCAUACGGUUUCAAUGCCAUAAGCGUCAAUGAACUGUUUGCUCCUAGAUGGAUGAAUAAAAUGUCUUCCGACAACACGACGAGGUUAGGGACAGCAAUGCUUAACAUGUGGGGUGUAUUUGAUGACAAGAACUGGUAUUGGAUAGGCAUUGGAGCUCUGUUUGGUUUUGCUGUCCUCUUCAACGGUCUUUUCACACUUGCACUUUCUUAUCUAGACCCACUUGGGAAGCCACAAGCUAUACUCCCAAAAGAAGAAGAUGAAUCCAAGAGUGAGUAUUACUUUGUUUAUACAAUAACUUAUAUGAGAAAAACAGAAAAAAGAAAGAAAGUUAAUACUAAUGUAUAUUGCAAAACAGAGGAGAUUCCAAUGGAGAAUGUGAACACCAAGAAAGGAAUGGUUCUUCCUUUCACUCCACUAGCUCUGUCCUUCGACGAUGUUAAAUACUUUGUUGACAUGCCUGUGGAGAUGAGGGACCAAGGAGUUCAAGAAACAAGACUGCAACUACUAAAAGGAGUAACAAGCACGUUUAGGCCAGGAGUGUUGACCGCAUUGAUGGGUGUGAGUGGUGCGGGUAAGACAACCUUGAUGGACGUUUUAGCCGGGAGAAAAACAGGAGGAUACAUAGAAGGAGACAUAAGAGUGUCUGGUUUCCCCAAGAAACAAGAGACAUUUGCUAGAAUCUCUGGUUACUGUGAACAAACAGAUAUUCAUUCUCCACAAAUUACUGUAAGAGAAUCACUUAUCUUCUCUGCUUUCCUUCGCCUUGCUAAGGAAGUAAGCAAAGAGGAGAAAAUGAUGUUUGUUGAACAAGUGAUGGAACUGGUUGAGUUGGUGGACUUAAGAGACGCCAUUGUGGGUAUACCAGGUGUCACAGGACUUUCCACUGAACAGAGAAAGAGGCUAACGAUAGCCGUUGAACUAGUGGCCAACCCUUCAAUCAUCUUCAUGGACGAGCCUACUUCAGGGUUGGAUGCUAGAGCAGCUGCCAUUGUGAUGAGGGCUGUGAGGAACACUGUGGACACAGGGAGAACUGUGGUCUGCACCAUCCACCAACCUAGCAUUGAUAUUUUCGAGGCGUUUGAUGAGUUACUACUAAUGAAGAGAGGAGGACAAGUGAUAUACUCUGGUCCCUUAGGCAGAGACUCUCACAAGAUCGUUGAGUACUUUGAAGCCAUUCCUGGAGUACCAAAGAUUCCUGAAAAGUACAAUCCAGCCACGUGGAUGCUUGAAGCUAGCUCCCUUGCUGCAGAGUUGAAGCUUGGAGUUGACUUUGCUGAGCUCUACAAGUCUUCUUCUCUAUGCCAGAGAAACAAGCAGCUGGUACAAGAACUAAGCGUGCCUCCACAAGGAGCAUCUGAUCUCUACUUUGCCACACAGUUCUCACAGGACACAUGGGGGCAAUACAAAUCAUGUCUAUGGAAGCAGUGGUGGACUUACUGGAGAUCACCUGACUACAACGUUGUCCGGUUCAUCUUCACCUUGGCAACAGCUCUUAUGAUCGGUUCUGUCUUUUGGCAAAUAGGAGGUAAGAGAUCAAACGUACAAGACCUGACCAUGGUGUUAGGAGCAAUCUAUUCAGCAGUUAUAUUCAUUGGAGUAAACAACUGCUCCACGGUGCAACCACUGGUGGCAGUGGAACGGACCGUGUUCUACAGAGAGAAAGCAGCUGGGAUGUACUCAGCUAUACCCUAUGCUAUCUCCCAAGUGACAUGCGAGUUACCUUAUGUCUUCAUCCAGACUACAUACUAUUCACUUAUCGUCUACGGAAUGGUUGGAUUCGAGUGGAAAGCUUCCAAGUUCUUGUGGUUCCUCUUCAUCAACUACUCUUCUUUCCUCUACUGGACUUACUAUGGCAUGAUGACUGUCUCCCUCACACCUAACCAACAAGUUGCUUCCAUCUUUGCAUCAGCCUUUUAUGGUAUCUUUAAUCUCUUCUCUGGCUUCUUUAUCCCAAGACCUAAAAUCCCAAAGUGGUGGAUAUGGUACUACUGGAUCUGUCCUGUCGCUUGGACCAUAUACGGUUUGAUCACCUCUCAGUAUGGUGACGUUGAGACUCCCAUCGCUUUCCCUGGUGGUCCUCCUAACCUCACUGUGAAACAGUACCUAAAGGACCAAUAUGGUUUUGAGUCAAGCUUCAUGGGACCUGUUGCAGCUGUCCUUGUUAUCUUCCCUGUCUUCUUUGCUUUUGUCUUCGCCUUCUGCAUCAAGACUCUCAACUUCCAGACUAGAUAGAAACCCUGCUCUCUGUUUUAUUUUUGGUGUGAAAUAUUUGUUGCAAUAAAACUUUUUAUUCCCUUCUUUUAUUAUUUGUGAUAUACUGAAAUUUGUGAUAAUAUAAGUAUAUUGUAAUUACCACAUGAGUUGUUCUCUAGUUUUUAUAUACCUCUUAAAACAAAAACAAGUGUAACUA